AUGGCCAUACCUGAACCUGUUGGACACAUGGACAUCUCGCUCAUGUGUUGUGGUCAGAAGACAUGUGUUUGGUGGAGGAAGAGGAGGAAGUUGGUCAGGCCGGUUGGGUCGGUCAGGUCGGUUGGGUCGGUCAGGUUGGGUUGGUCAGGUCGGUUGGGUUGGUCAGGCCAGUUGGGAUGGUCAGGCCAGUUGGGUUGGUCAGGCCAGUUGGGAUGGUCAGGUCGGUUGGGAUGGUCAGGCCGGUUGGGAUGGUCAGGCCGGUUGGGUCGGUCAGGUUGGGUCGGUCAGGUCGGUUGGGUUGGUCAGGCCAGUUGGGUUGGUCAGGCCAGUUGGGUUGGUCAGGCCGGUUGGGUUGGUCAGGCCAGUUGGGUUGGUCAGGCCAGUUGGGAUGGUCAGGCCAGUUGGGUUGGUCAGGCCGGUUGGGUUGGUCAGGCCAGUUGGGUUGGUCAGGCCAGUUGGGAUGGUCAGGCCAGUUGGGUUGGUCAGGCCAGUUGGGAUGGUCAGGCCAGUUGGGUCGGUCAGGUCGGUUGGGUUGGUCAGGCCGGUUGGGUUGGUCAGGCCGGUUGGGAUGGUCAGGCCAGUUGGGUUGGUCAGGCCAGUUGGGAUGGUUGGGUUGGUCAGGUCGGUUGGGUUGGUCAGGCCAGUUGGGUUGGUCAGGCCAGUUGGGUUGGUCAGGCCAGUUGGGAUGGUCAGGCCAGUUGGGUUGGUCAGGCCAGUUGGGUUGGUCAGGCCGGUUGGGUUGGUCAGGCCAGUUGGGUUGGUCAGGCCAGUUGGGAUGGUCAGGCCAGUUGGGUUGGUCAGGCCAGUUGGGUUGGUCAGGCCAGUUGGGAUGGUCAGGCCAGUUGGGUCGGUCAGGUCGGUUGGGUUGGUCAGGCCGGUUGGGUUGGUCAGGCCAGUUGGGUUGGUCAGGCCAGUUGGGUUGGUCAGGCCAGUUGGGUUGGUCAGGCCGGUUGGGUUGGUCAGGCCAGUUGGGUUGGUCAGGCCGGUUGGGUUGGUCAGGCCGGUUGGGUCGGUCAAGUCGGUUGGGUUGGUCGGAUUGGUCAGGUUGGUCAGGCCAGUUGGGUCGGUCAGGUUGGUCAGGCCAGUUGGGUCAGUCCACGUGACAGCACUGGAGACCUGGAGCGCCAAAUCACCAUGGAUACGAAGGCCCCAAACACCACUAGUCCCGCCCCCACCACCAACAGUAGCAGCUGCGACCCAGUGCAUGAGGACUGCACCGACCAGCAGGGGGCGCUCAGCGAGGUCUUGAACGACGAGCACCCCCAGGAGCCUCCGGGGGACAGUCAGGAGCCGGCAGGGGACAUCGAGGGGCCCCAGGACAGCAGUGUCAUCGCGCCCCAACAGAACGGGCUCCACAGUGACCCCCCACGCUGCCUGUCCCCUGCCCCAGAGGAGAGCCUGAUCCAGGGGGCGGACCUGUUCGGAUACGUGGGCAUCGAGGCCGUGCUGGACCAGAUGAGACGCAAGACCAUGAGAGCGGGCUUCCAGUUCAACGUCAUGGUGGUGGGUCAGAGCGGUCUGGGGAAGUCCACCCUGGUCAACACUUUGUUCAAGUCCAGAGUGAGCCGAAAGUCCUGCUCCAGCGCUCACCACGAGAAGAUCCCCAAGACGGUCCGCAUCCACACAGUCAGCCACCUGAUCGAGGAGAAGGGGGUGAAGAUGAAGCUGACUGUGGUGGACACUCCAGGUUUCGGAGACCACAUCAACAACCACAACUGCUGGGAGCCCAUCGUGGCGUAUGUGAAGCAGCAGUAUGAGAGGUUUCUGAGGGAGGAGCUGAGCGUGAGGCGCAAGAGCAGCAUCCCAGACUCCAGGGUCCACUGCUGCCUCUACUUCCUGCCUCCAACUGGACACAGGUUACGGCCCAUCGACGUGGAGUUCCUCAAACAGCUGGGCAGCAUCGUUAGCAUCGUGCCGGUCAUCGCUAAAGCCGACACGCUCACACUGGAGGAGCGGCUGGACUUCAAGCACAGGAUCCGGCAGGACCUCGCUGCUAACGGGAUCCAGGUGUACCCCCAGAAACAGUACGAAGAGGACCCCGAGGAGAGCCUCCUGAACAGCAGCAUCAGGGAGUCCAUCCCCUUUGCUGUGGUGGGCACAGACCGGGAGCACCAGGUCAACGGCAACAAGGUCCUGGGACGUAAGACCAAGUGGGGCGUGAUCGAAGUGGAGAACCCGGCUCACUGUGACUUCUCUCUGCUCAGAGACCUGCUCAUCAGGUCUCACCUCCAGGACCUGAAGGACGUCACCCACAGGGUCCUCUAUGAGACUUACCGCGUCCGGAGGCUCAACGAGGCCAACGUGGACUUCAGCCAGCUGUCCGGACCCCCGCUCAGCCCCACCCUCUCCGGACCUCCCCCCUCACAGUGCGACUCCGACAGACAAGAGCCCGAGAGCCAGCUGUGA